CUCCCAUUUGAUUCCAAAAGUUACCCUUCCCUACCUUUUUUUUUUUUUUGCCAGUAUAACAACAACCCCACCACCACGACGAUAAUCUACAGUUCCCUCACGCCCGACAAAAAGAAGAAGAUGUCCAACCCAAACCUCUACGGCCACCCGCCGCGCAAAAAGCAAUCUCCCCAGAAUGCCCCCUCCUCCUCCUCCGCCGCAACCCUCGCCUUCACGGCCACCUUAUCCAACCUCAUCGCCGCCCGAGAUCCGGGGUCCGCAUCGACGACGACGACCACCGGCCGCCCCCGCCCCUCCAAGCACAAAGACGCAUCGGACGGCCUCUUCGCCCGCCCGAACCGCGGGGCGCAGAAGCGCGCGGCGCAGGAUCUCGUGGACACUGAUGCGACGACCUCCUCCGGGGGUGCGGCUGCGGCUGCGCAGGUGCAGGUGCACCGGCAAAGUCGCGACCUGGGCGGUCGGGUGGACGAGGCGGUGCUGUUGCGGUCGAAGCGGCGGAUGCAGGAGAAGGCGAGGGUGUAUGAGGAUUUGAAGCGGGGGCUGUAUCUUGGUGGUAGUGAGUCUGAAUCGGAGGGAGAAGGGGAAGGGGAAGGGGAGCGGUAUUUGAGGAAGUUGAGGCGCAGGGAGAGGGAGGGGUUGGUGGAUUUUGAUCGGAAGUGGGCGGAUGCGCGAUCUCAUCUUGAUGGGGAGGAUGACGAGGAGGAGGAGGAGGAAGAGGAGGAGGAGCGUGAGGGGGGGGAUGGGGCCAGCAGGGACGAUGCGUCGAUUGUCUCCUACGAGGAUGAAUUGGGCCGGACGAGGCGCGGGACUAGGGCCGAGGCGGCGGAGGCGGCGAGAGUCAAGAGGCAGCAGGAGGAGGAUGGGGACGGGGAGGGGGAGGGGGCCCGUCAUCAGGCCGGCGAGAGGUGGCGGCCGCGUCAGCCGGAGAACCUCAUCUAUGGGGAGACCGUGCAGAGCGAGGCGUUCAACCCGGACGCCAACGUCGCGGCGCACAUGGCGUACCUGGCCAAACGCCGCGAUCGCUCGGUGACCCCGCCGGAGGAGACGCAUUACGAUGCCGAGGCUGAGGUCCGGAACCGUGGGACCGGGUUCUAUGCCUUCGCCAGGGAUGAGGAGACGCGGCGGCGGCAGAUGGAGGAGCUGCGGGUCGCGAGGGAGGAGACGCAGAGGGAGCGGGAGGAAAAGCAGCAGCGGCGCGCGAGGAGGGAAGACGCCCGGAACGAGAGGCGCGUCAAGGUCGAGGAGUUGAGGUCCAAGAGGCGCGCGGAGAUGUUCCUCGCCGGGUUGGGCGACGUCGGCGUGGUCUGAACUGUUGCCGUGAGACCCCGCGUUCGUGCUGGCGUUGCGUGUUUGUCACUCUAGAGAUACCCAUCGGAAUUGAAAAAUUG